UGACAAAUUCGCUUAAUUAGUUUGAAUCGCCUUGGCUUUUGAAAACAUGUCUGAAAACAAAUGUAAAUCGCCUUUAUUUGCUAUAUGAAGCGAAUUUUUUAAAUUUAGUGAAAUCAGGUAACCUAAUUUCUUAUCACAGUACGGCAACGCGCCACACACAUUGCUACGCAAGUCGAACACCCUCGUUACAUUAGACUGAAUGAGACAGCUAUAUUUGUGUAUAGAAAUUAAUUCACUUUUUAUCUUCGACAACGCGCUGCAUUCUCAUAUUUUCAUAAUCGUGCUGAUUUAUUUCGAAUUAUUUGCUGGAGCGCUGUUUUGUAAAGCGAGUAACUUGCUGAUGGCGCCCUUUUGUUAGAAAUAGCAAGGCCACCACUUCAAGAGCGUGAAAAGAAAGGUGUGCGCUGUUACGAGCAUUAAAAGUGUUAAAUUAUCAGCAUAAAGUAGUAUUUGAUUUGUAAAGCGUGAAAUAUUGAUAGAAGUGCCUAGGGUUAUUGAGCAAAUUUCAUAACAAAAACCGAUAAUAAAGUUGGGAGCUGGCACAAAUUUAAUUAUAAAUAAAAUACCUGCAACUAUAAAACCCGCCGUGAUGAAACGCAACAGCACUUCAACUAUAGAACCGCCAUUCAAAUCUACCAAAUAUUCACUACAAACGAUUGCCAGUGCUGGCACACCACUAACAAGUUUUCAAUGGCAACAGACAAUUGGUGGUCCUGGUGGCACAACUAUAACCACAACACCAGCUAAAAAGCAACAGAUUGGCGCUGCCAUCAGUUCACUACCGCCCAAUACAAUCAUACAAACGAGUAGCGGUAGCGGCGCCGUGACUAACACCACCAAUGGUGGUAUAGGUACAACAAUUACACCAGCUGGUAAUGCCACCAGCACCACCACCACAUUCAAUGCGAUCACACCGCAGGGUACAACGGUUCAAGUUCGUCGUCCAACUAUAGUUAUUAAACGCGAUAUACCCAAACGUACAAUACGUUGUGUUACACUCGAAUUGAUUGAAAAGAAUCCCUAUGUACAUUUGGGUGUUUUGGCUAAUCGUUUGCCCCUACUGAAGAAUAUAAUAUGCACUACGGCCAAUGUAACGUUACUCGAUUGUUAUGUGACACUGAAGAAAUUACGUCAAAAUGAAGAAUUCGCAUUACUCGCUGAAUACUUUGAGCUGAGCGAGGCGGAGGUGCAACAAAUAUUUGCACGUACCAUAGUUAAACUGGCACGCUAUUUACGUUAUUUGGUGCGUUGGCCUGAUAGUAAAAAGUACUAUGAUCGUCAUAAAAAUCUGCCAUUUGCUUUUCGAUCGAAUUUAUCGCAUGUACAAUCGCUGAUUGAGUGCGUAGAAACGGAUAUGCAGCGUCAAAUGCAAAAUGAUUGUAGCAAUUAUAAAUUCAUAUUAAGCAUUACACCGAAUGGCAUUAUUUCUUAUAUUUCGGAUGCAUUUGUGGGCCAUCAUGAUGAUCUAACGAUAUUUACAGCAUCAGAUUUCCAAAAUGUCAUACCCAAAUACCUAUCUUUGGUUGCUGAUCCAGGCAAAGGCAUACGUCGUAAACGAAAAACCAAGCAUCUCUCUAGCAGCAGCAGCAGUGCAGCACAUGGUAGUGGUAAUGCCGAAACAGACUCAACUACAGAUUCGGCUGAUGAAUCGGCAGACGAUGUUGAAUUGGAUGAUGGCGAGGAUACACAAACACUGAGUCGUUAUGCAGCAUCUCGUGUGGCUGCGGAUUUAGUCUCCCAUCAAACAAUGAAUAUCGUAAAUAGCGAAUUGACAUCGCGAAAAGUAAAAGACUUUAGCAUUCCGACAAUGCGUGUACGGGAGCCCAUAUGUCGUCAACAAAUACGUCAUAUGAUCUAUUGUCUGCGAGAAUUUAAACUUUUGCAACCGUAUGCCAUACAAGAGCCAAUUAUUUUCCAAUAUCUCAAUGAGGUAUUAAUCGCAGCAGCGGCGCUUACCAAUCUACAAAGGUAGAAAUGCAGGAACAGGCCAAACGGCAUGUAGUUAGCAUUAAUCAACACUAAUAUGAAAUGAUAGGAAACCCCCAAAACUGACAAGCGCAUGCCGCACAAUGUUUUCUAUAGCGCUUACGAAUCUACGCUUAAUGAACUCACGAGAAGCUUGUGGAAAAGCAUGCACUUUUCAAAAUGGGAGUAGAGCAACUAACGAGUGCCGACAGCUCAACACUGACCAUAAGGAUUGCUCAUGUUGGGCAAUGUUGAUAAAAAAAAUUCACCUCAACAAAAACAAAAAAGAAAAACAUAUUGUGCAGUUGUAUGAGAGCGGCACUUGGUAAUAAGGAUUCUAGUUUAAAAAAAAA